UGCAGUUCAUGCAUUUCCCAUCACUGCAUUUUCGUACUCGACGGCUUGCGUCUGACCGCCAACAUCAAGUGUCAAGCAUCAACAGCCCAAGCAUCCACAUAACACGCCGAGUCACACACAGACCGGUUCUGGGUGUUUGUUGAGCUCGUCCUGCGUUUGCUCUUCGCGUGCUGCCUCGCCCGGAGUCUGCAGGUCGAGUUGUGUUUCGCCUCUGUGCAAGUGGCUCGUGUUCUCAAAACCGCGGCAGAGAGACCUGCUGUGGAAAAGCUGGGGGAGGCCCGCUGCUUCUUCGGAACAUCACCAAACAACACUGGUACCCGACAUCCAUUUCCGAGACUGUCUAAGCUAAACCCGCCAGGACUGUUUUUUUGGGGACAAACGGAAGAGGAAUCUAGAAGAAGAGGAUGAUAGAAGAGACUUUCCGAGGUUGAGGGAUCUCAGAUGACUAAUUGAUCUCCACACUCCGAUUAUCAGAGAUGUUCAUGGCUCUGCGACCUCAAAGGGGCGGCGGCUCGCACGUCCCGAACCGAGACCAGCGACCGCACCUGGCGGCGCCCCGCCAUCAAGGGCAAGCCGGGCCCGCCACGGGCCGGUACAAAAGUGCCUCCCGUGUGUCGGAAAUCGAUGCCUGGGAUAACAUGCAGAACCACGAGCUCCAGAACGACUCCAGCUCGUCCGACGAGGAUCUCCACCCGCGGCGCCACCAGGCCCCGUCACGGCCCCGCCACACUCGCUCCGUCAGCCAUCCGUUCCCCUCGUUCUUCUCUUCCAUCAAGAGGAAGAGAUCCGGCACAAUGGCUGCCGGGCCUGACGAGUCCGGGUCUGAUUCGAUGGGGGAAGGUCCCCGCGGCGGCCUAGGGGGGAGACCACUACCGCUGCAGCCGCCGCAGCAGCAGCAGCCGUCGGGGCGCGGGCAUCGGACCGGCUCGUCGGUGGGAAGUAGGGACGUCGCGACGGGGAAUUGCAUGACCUGCGGGUCUCCAGUGGAGUGGCCUCGGGAGCUGCUGGUGUACAGGUGCUACACAUGUCAUACCAUUAACGACUUGCAACCCCUAGAUCGGGACGCCAGGAGGGAGGAUAGCCGGGAUGAGGCGGUUAUCUUCGAGGAGCAGUCUUCAGGGUCGAAAGACAAGACGAUCUCUCUCGGAUAUACCAAGUCGUUGGUAAAGCAGUGCCUCCGUUCUUUUCUGGCCUCCGCUCUGAGAGAUCGGGCCGGUGGUGCUGCGACUGACAAGGAGCUUCCGGUCGUCCUUCCCACCUCACACCUCUCGCCAGACCAUCUCAGGGUACCACCGCCACCCCCGGCAGUUCCUCUGGCUCUGCGGCCCAAGGCUUCCCUGGAUUUCGAGCCACGGCCGGUACCUGGCAGGCCCAAAGAACUCGGCCUCCAUCGCCGCGCCCCGAGUUGGGCCGGCACUAUGUCAGGAACAUUCUCUACGUCGUUUCCAGAGAAAGAGGUGACACUACAACGCGACCCGAGAUCACAUGGGACUGGCAGCCGUCCGCGUCGUCCGUCUCCGAGCCCAGGAGAAGAUGUCAAGAGCAUUUUCAGGCCGCUCGAGGACUACGUCGUCCAAUGCUUCACGUCAUUUCAGUGCCUCAACUCGUCCUUUCUGACGCCCCGAAGUCAGCCUGCUGGCUACAGCGGGCCCGAAGCCAGGCAUCGGCGUCCCUCUGAGCACACCGGGGUCCGCAGCAGGGAAACCAGGACCACCAGCUAUCCGGUCCCAGAGAUAGACCCGAAACUCUUGCUCCUAGGCGAUUUUGCCGAAAACGGUACCUGGUGGACUGGUCACGAAGAAGUCCGUCCAGGUCGAACACCAUCCGGUCGAAACCAACAUAGCCCGUCCAUCGUGAGCUCGCGGAGCCCGCACAUAGACUGGACGGAGCUGGAAGAGUGGUACACAACCGUUAUCGACGCGGCGCGGUUCUGGCCAGGCGUCUACGAGAGCCUCGUAGCCGAAGACCCAUCGCUUGCGGCGGCCCCUCCCGUGUUGCAGGAUCUCGAGAGACGGAUCGUGGCCGGACAGGAGCACGUCCAAGAGGUGCUUCUGAAAGCUUCCGAAAGGGUCCUUGUGCGACCGGGGCGGCGCCUCACCGAACCUCGGGACCUACGCUUCCUGCUCAUCAUCACAGCGAACCCCCUUUUGCAUUCUUCAUACAAACCGUACGUCGGCAGGACAGCGCCGCCAACACAAAGCAGUCCAUCUCCUCGGGGCACCGGGCCAGUAUCGGGUCGGCAUUCGGGCAUCAUCAAACGCAUCAUUGGGCUGAUGUCGAACGCGUCUGAAGAGUGCCGUAAUCGCCUUGUCGCCUGGUUCGCCAGAUAUCCGGAGCACGCGUUUGUGCAGACCAAGGACCUGGUCGCCGGCUUUCUGGCCUACCGCUUGAUCCGCGAGAAGGAGAAGAAAUACCAAGGCCAGAUAGACUACACGGGCGGCCUGAUUCCAGACAUUGGGCCCAGCCACUCCCCGGCCGCCCUACACGCAGCAUUGGGUUCCAGACAGACACAGCGUUCGAAGAAGCAACAGGACAAGAAGAAGAAGAAGGUCGUAUACCGAGUGGACUGGCGGAUCAAGGCCGCUGCACAAGUGCUUGGCCUCCUCUUCGCGGCCAACAAUAUGGGUCACGUCCGCCGGGGGAGUUCCGGCCGCUCGGGAAGCCCCGGCGGGAGCCACCGGGGACUUGUUCGGUCGCCGGGUCAGAUCCUCGCCACCAGUGACUUCUACGUGACCUUGCUCGACGACUCGGAUUUGGUGGGCGACUUCGAGGCUUGGGAGCGGAAGCUCGAACGGUUUUCCUUCUGCCAACACCCGUUCCUCUUGAGCAUCGGCGCCAAGAUCCAGAUCCUCGAGUACGAGGCGAAGCGGCAGAUGGAGAACAAGGCGAGGGAUGCCUUCUUCGACAGCAUCCUGACGAACCGGGUGGUGCAGCAGUUCUUGGUGCUGAACAUCCGUAGGGAGUGUCUGGUUGACGAUAGCCUGAAGGCCGUCAGCGAGGUGAUUGGGAGCGGAGGGGAGGACAUCAAGAAGGGGCUUAGGAUCAACUUCAAGGGCGAGGAGGGGGUCGAUGCCGGCGGACUGCGCAAGGAGUGGUUCCUGCUGCUUGUCAGGGAGGUCUUCAAUCCCGACCACGGCAUGUUCCUGUACGACGAGGACUCGAACUACUGCUACUUCAAUCCCAAUUCGCUCGAGUCUUCGGAACAGUUCUUCCUCGUCGGCGUCGUCUUCGGCCUAGCCAUCUACAACUCGACGAUCCUGGACGUUGCUCUCCCCCCGUUCGCCUUUCGCAAACUCCUCGCAGCCGCCCCGCCCCCGUCCGUCCCGACAGCCCAGCCGCGCCAGCCGAUGACCUACACCCUCGACGACCUAGCAGAGUACCGCCCGCGCCUAGCGCACGGCCUGCGCCAGCUCCUCGAGUUCGAGGGUGACGUCGAGUCCACCUUCGGUCUCGACUUCACCAUAGACACGACCCGCUAUGGCGCGGUUGAGCGAGUCCUCCUGUGCCCGGGCGGCGACCGCCGCCCCGUCACCAACGCCAACCGCAGGGAGUACGUCGACGCAUACGUCCGCCACGUGCUCGACACGUCGGUGGCGCGGCAGUUCGAGCCGUUCAAGCGCGGCUUCUACACCGUUUGCUCCUCCAGCGGCGGGGGCUCCGCCUCGGUCUCGGCGCUCUCGCUCUUCCGCCCGGAGGAGAUCGAGCUCCUGGUCCGCGGCUCCGCCGGCGCCUCGGACCAGACCCCCCUCGACGUCCCCUCGCUCCGGGCGGUCGCGCAGUACGACGGCUGGAAGACGGCCACCCCCGACAGCUACGGCGACGGCGACGGCGACGGCGACGGCGACAACGACGACACGAAGGAGCCGACCGUCCGGUGGUUCUGGGAGGCGUUCGAGAGCGCGGCGCCCCGCGACCAGCGGCGCCUGCUGGCCUUCAUCACGGGCAGCGACCGCAUCCCGGCGCUGGGGGCCGCGUCGCUGGGGAUCCGGAUCAGCUGCCUGGGCGACGAGUGCGGGCGCUUCCCGACGGCCAGGACGUGCUUCAAUUCGGUCGGGCUGUGGAGGUCCACCGACCGGGAGCGGUUCGUGAGCACGCUCUGGAGGGCCGUCUGGGAGAGCGAGGGGUUCGGGCUCAAGUAGCGCUCGCGGCGGGGCAGCUGUCUUCUCCCCUCCGGGACGGUACUGCAUGGACGGUACUGCAUGUACAGUACAGUACAGUACCUAAGGUCUAGGUAUCAUUAUUUCGAGUUCGGGUUUCCCUUGGCCUUUUGCUCUCAUGGGUAUUGUUUUUUUUUCUGUUGGGAGUUUAUGGGAUGAUGAUGCUUGGAUAGGGAGUCAAAGGUCGGUCAUAUACCCAGUUUACAACUCACAUCAAGGCAAGCCACAACAAGACCAUGUUGCUGUUAGAUAUAUGCAUAUAUAUAUAUAUA